AUGCCGCGCCCCGGCCCCGCGCGCCGCCCCCCGGGGCUCCUGCUGCUGCUGCUGCCGCUGCUGCUGCCGCCGCCCCCGGGCGCCCAGGGCUCCCCGGCCCGCGGCGCGCCCGCCAAGGCCCCCACAAGGGACCCCGCCACGGCCACCGGCGCGCCCCACUCGGGGGCCCGCGGCGCAGGUGUUUGCAAGAGCAGGCCCUUGGACUUGGUGUUUAUCAUCGACAGCUCCCGCAGUGUGCGGCCACCGGAGUUCACCAAGGUGAAAACCUUUGUCUCCCGGAUCAUCGACACCCUGGACAUCGGGGAGGCAGACACGCGGGUGGCGGUGGUGAACUACGCCAGCACUGUGAAGAUCGAGUUCAAUCUCCAGACCUACUCGGACAAGCAGGCCCUGAAACAGGCCGUGGCCCGAGUCACUCCCCUGUCAACAGGCACCAUGUCGGGCCUGGCCAUCCAGACCGCCAUGGACGAAGCCUUCUCCGCCGAGGCAGGAGCGCGGGGCUCCACCUCCAGCAUCCCGAAAGUGGCCAUCAUCGUGACAGACGGGAGGCCCCAGGACCAGGUGACUGAGGUGGCGGCCCAGGCUCGGGCGUCCGGAAUUGAGCUCUUUGCCGUGGGAGUGGACAGGGCUGACAUGGAGUCCCUCAAGCUGAUGGCCAGCGAACCCCUGGAUGAUCACGUCUUCUACGUGGAGACCUACGGGGUCAUUGAGAAACUGUCCUCUCGGUUCCAGCAAACUUUCUGUGGUCUGGACGCGUGUGUGCUUGGCAUGCACCAGUGCCAGCACGUGUGUGUCAGCGAUGGGGAAGGCAAGCACCACUGCGAGUGUAGCCAAGGCUAUACCUUGAAUGCCGAUAAGAAAACGUGUUCAGCUCUGGAUGUGUGUGUGCUUGGCACACACCAGUGCCAGCACGUGUGUGUCAGCGAUGGGGAAGGCAAGCACCACUGCGAGUGUAGACAAGGCUAUACCUUGAAUGCCGAUAAGAAAACGUGUUCAGCUCUGGACGCGUGUGUGCUUGGCAUGCACCAGUGCCAGCACGUGUGUGUCAGCGAUGGGGAAGGCAAGCACCACUGCGAGUGUAGACAAGGCUAUACCUUGAAUGCCGAUAAGAAAACGUGCUCAGCUCUCGAUAAGUGUGCUCUUAACACCCAUGGAUGUGAACACAUUUGUGUGAAUGACAGAAAUGGCUCUUAUCACUGUGAGUGCUACGAAGGUUAUACCUUGAAUGAAGACAGGAAAACCUGUUCAGCUCAGGAUAAAUGUGCUGCUGGCACCCACGGGUGCCAGCACAUCUGUGUGAGGGACGGAGCCGGGUCGUAUCACUGCGAGUGCUUCGAGGGCUACUCUCUGAACGAGGACAAGAAAACGUGCUCGGUCCGUAACAAGUGUGUCCUGGGCACCCACGGCUGCCAGCACGUGUGUGUGACUGACGGGGCAACGUCCUACCACUGCGGCUGCUUCCCGGGCUACACCUUGAAUGAAGACAACAAGACGUGCUCAGCCAUUGAAGAAGCACGAAGACUCAUUUCCACUGAAGAUGCUUGCAGAUGUGAAGCCACCCUGAUAUUCCAAGAGAAGGUCAGCUCACAUCUCCAGAGGCUGAACACCAGACUUGAUGGCAUUUUGGAGAAGUUGAAAGUAAAUGAAUAUGGACAAAUACAUCGUUAAAUUGCUCAAACUUUUCACCAGGAAACAUGGAGAGCUUGGUAUAAUUAAAGCUCAUUUAUCUUUCUGGGCACUUAUUAAGUAUUUCUAAUGUAUCUGCUAAUAAUUUGUCAUUAUGAAUGCUUCAGUAUUACUGGAUAAAUAGUAUGAGGAUUUUCAGGAGAAUCAGCAUGAUUUUUCCAAGGAAAUAAAUGUCCAGAUUCUUAUUAAAAGCAAACUUUUAGUGGCUUUAAACUAUGACUGUGAAAUGGUUGGUAAGAAAUAGAAUGAAAAUUUUAAUUGUUCUUUACUAAUUGAGCCAUUUAAUUUUUAAAUAUUUAUAUUAGGAAGAGAACCAUAUUCACUUGGUAACUAUUUUCUCUUGAUAGUAUUCAUAAUAUAAACCAGUCUUAUUACUGAGAGUGUAAACUGUACAAAGUAUUUACACAUAAUAAGUUUAUAUACUUAAAUUGAGGUGAAUAAAAUUCAGGAAUGUUUUCUUUUAACACUUUUUGUUUUUUGCUUGUUUAAGCUGGAGUACCAUUGACACUGUGAUCGGGGGUUGUAAUACAGAUAAUCUAAAAAUAGUUAACACAGAUUGCACAUUACAUGGCAUUUUUAAUUCAUUCUGAUAUUAGAAAGAAAUGCAUAACUAAAGAGAACUAGUUUAGUUGUGAAUUAAAAGCAUUAUAACUUUUUACCAAGGAUGAAUAUGGCUAAAUUUACUUUAUUGUUUUGCUACAGGAUGCAAUCAAUAAAAUUACAUGUUUAUAAAUAUUGCUAUAACAAGCAAUAAAAUGCAUGUUGUCUUUUUAAAUGUUAAUGAUAUGCCUAACGUUUUUUCACUUAUAUAUUUGAUACAUAUAGUUUUUUUCAGUCAUAAAACAUAACAUUUAGAACUAACAACACUGCCCUUUAAAUUGUGUA